AUGCUACCACUCUUUCAUCUCCUCAUCCCCAUCCUCCUCUCCUUGUCUGUAAAUGCAGGUAUCUUCGAUUCUUCCACUACCACAACCGCCGCCGCCUCUUCUUCUUCUUCCUCUACUACUUCAUCUUCCAACUCGGAAGUUGCAUUUCUCCAAACCAUUCAAGCGGCUCAAAUAACCUCCAUGUCAUGUCUCAUAACUCUCGUCAAUAUGACUACUCAACCUAUCGGUUCAUGUCUCGGUCUCACCACCCUAGCAGGUUUGAUAGCUGAUCCAUCACCAAACGCGGCCUUCUCGGAUCAAUUAUCUUCGUAUCUCAACACCAUGUGCGCUGCUGGAGGAUGUAGCGAUGCAGAUAUCGCCGAUGCCCAAGGACAAUUAGACUCGGGAUGUGGGGAUCAAGGAGGUACUAGUUUGAUAAGUGUUUUGAAAGCAGUUUUAGGGAAUUAUCAAAGUAGUUAUAAAACUUUAGCUUGUUCGGUACAUUUCAACGGUACCGCAGCUCUAUGUUUACCGGCAACGCUCAACACUUCUACAACGGCAGAUACCAACACUUUCUUCAAUGAUUUACUGAGUGGGAAUAAUCUUGGACAAUAUGACGAUAGCAUCUUUGGUCAAGCUCAAUGUACCGGGUGCAUGUAUGAAUUGUAUAAAGCUGCGUAA